UUCGUGAUCGCCCGACGAAUGAACUCGUCAGGGUCUUCGUGGUACCAACGCGAGCUGUGGGCAGAGAGAGCUGCGGUGGCUGCCAGAUGGAGCACAACCUCGGAACGGUGGUCAUGGAAUGGUCAUCACAGUGAUGAUUGUAUACCUCCAGAUCUUGAUGAAAUGUGUACAAUGCAUGCAAGCGGUGCCCCUCUACGACAUCGACAAGCACCAGGGCAACUCGGAGCUCUGGCCUCAUCACAGACAACAAAAUAUUGGUGGGGCAAGCUGUUUGCCCCAUGACGCACGGGCUCAGGGUUCCACCCACUACACCUUUUUCUCCGAUCCUAGAUCAAUCACCUACCAAAGUUCAAGGUUCUUCUGAUCCAAGAAGACACUGAGCCGUCUGGACUUCUCAGGUCUCCUCCAUCAAUGCUGCAGGUGCCAUUUUAUCGAAGACUACUGUAUUCCCAGUCCGAAUUUGGCACUGCGUUGGAAGUUCCCUC